AUGGCCGUCUGGGAAACAGACGACGAGCCUAGCAGCGCCGCUGUUGCUUCGCUACCUACGCCGGCUGAUACGCCAUACCGGACUCCUUCGCGAGCAUCAAGGAAAUCUCGCCGCUCGGUCACACCACCGGGUCUUGCUACUCCAUCUCCUGCUCCACCGUUGCCAUUCGACAAGGCCGAGAAGAAUGCGAAACGUACAUCGAAAGAUAUUGGAGGCGAUGAGCAUAUCAGUGUACUGGACCCUCGCCGGUUUACACCUACCCUACACGCGAGUCUAGUCUCUGAGAUACUCGCCUUACGCAGAGACCAGGAAGAGAAGCUGAAGAUCAUCGAGAGCCUGGAAACGACCUUGCACACUGCCCAUCAGGAAGAGGAGUCACUGCAAGCAACCCUAUCAAACACGGCCAAGGACAGCAGGUCAGUCAAGCGACAAUUGGCUCUACUUGAAGGGGGAACGUCUUCUGCACUUGGCGAGCUCGCGCGAGAACGUGACGAAGCGGUUGAUGCGAUAACCGAAACGAGAAAGCGACUAGAUACGGCGCAGAAGAAGGUUCGAGCGCAGGAGGAUGAUUCGCAAAGAGUUCAUGAUCUCUGGGCGAAAGAGAAGGAUGACUGGGACGAGGAAAAACGGAAAUUCGAGCGGAAGCUUCACGUCGCUGAAAGUCGUCUCAAGGUCGUCCUCGACGAAGUCGCUGACCUACAGACGGCACAGCUGGAUGGGGGGCAAAAUGGAGCAGAAAGUGACGACGAAGAUAUCGGAAAGGACAAUGACGGAACGAGCAUACGUACACAGAGUAUGACCAACAGUAUCCGGUAUUCCAUGUUCAACGGCCCGGGCACCGGCAAAGUCAAUGGUCACAGCCUUGCUGACGAACUCAAUUUCGACGACUUCGAUGAUGACCAGACAGACCCUGAUGGUCGCCAGAGUGUGCUUUCACACUUCAGGCAUAAUCGGAACCAGAGCCGGGAUAGCGUCAUGUCGAGGACUCACAGGCGAAACCCGAGCACUGAUAGCCAGAUUCGUCCUGGCAGCGUUGCACGAGGCAGGCUCUUCAUGAAUUCGACUGUGCUCGAGAGGCUCGAGGGCGACAUUCGGGAAGAUGACGAGACCCAGCCGACGCCUGUCAAGGUGGACUACAUAGAUACUGGAGUGCAGUACUCACCGCCUCCAUCGCCUGAACUGGUGCCCGUCACACCCUCUACUCCAGAGCCCGCGUCUCGUAUCGAGAAGGCACCCGGGGUAGAAACUCUGGCUCGUGGCGAGUGGGAAAUAGAGGCAAACCAGAGGCGCAAGAGGGUGCACAUCAACAAGCCAGUACCCCUAGCGCCACCGAAUAACACCGCUAAAUCGAUGACAUCUUCUGCGGCUCAGACCUUCGAGCCUCUGAGUCCCCCGAAAACGCCAAAGCCUCCAACGAAAGAAAUAACUACUGCUAUCGGAACGAAGUCGGUACCGGCGGAGUCGAAGUCUAUAGCCACUCAAACCGACAUCAUCCCAGCAAAUGAGCAAGCCUCUACUUCUGCACCACUCCCAAUCCCUAGUAUUAGCAUUAUUCCUCCCACCAGUCGUCCGACGAGUCUCCAUGGACAUCGCUUGCCCCAAUACGUCAAAGACGUUGGCUGCCAAGUGUCAAUUCUGCAGUCCAAGGCGACACGAUCAAUCGCCGUCCAGACCGACGAGAUCAGGAUCGAUAGAAGAAUGGGCAAGCUGCCACCGCACCUUCACCCAUCUGCCAUUUCUUCGCGACCUACGUCCCCAAGUCCCGCAAUGACUGAGGAUGGCAGUAAUCAUGCUCCAGAGCUCGGGGGCAGCGUCCCUCGGAAUCCACGUCGAUUGGUAGCAAAACGAAGCUUCACGAGUGAUUUGCCCUCAUCGCCCCCAGCAUCGCCGCACCUAGACAAUGCUGAGACUCGUGACGCGUAUCCCGGUAACAAUGAUGAUGGUCCGCUAUCUAGUCACAAGGCGCCUAUGAGACGUCCACACCGCAUAAGCAGCUUAUUCGCCGGGUUCGACGGGGCAAGCUCUGAUGAAAUCGACGAGUUUGGGGAUGGUGAUGUGACCGACACCGAGUUCCGCACAGCACUCUCAGCUCCAAAGCCCCAAAUGGUGUCGACCCGCCACAGUAAGCGAGCUCCCACCGCGAGAGCAACCACAUCGCCCGAACCAAUCCACACUACGAGACAGCCUGCGAGUGUGAUGAAGCAACUCCGUGGAUCUGAAGUGUACAGCAGCUUUAGCCUUGCUGAAGGCCGUGGCAUCCCAACCCAUAAACCCUCAUCUCGACCGGCUGACAGAUCCAUUACCAUGAACCCAAGUUCUCGGGCAGGUGUCAUGAGGAAGGCAGCAAUGAUCAAGAGUGGUAUGGCUUCCCAUCACGGUCGAUCACGAAGUCCUAGUCUUCCCGACAUAAUGGAACCUCCAUUCCCCAUUCCGACUAGGGCUAGUUCACGACAGCCACCUUUCACACCGGGUGCGCCUAGCGACGGCCUAUGUAGUCCUACACGGAUGGGCGAGAGCCUGAAUCGUCGUGGAGUCCGAGGCAAUGUGUACAGGAGCAACAGCAUACGGAAAGUCCGCUCUGCUGCAGCACUGCCAGGAAACCACAGGCAUCGAAGACGGAGUAGUCGUUCGCCGCCCGCAAUGUCGCCCUCCGAGGAAGCUCCCGAGAGCCCCAGCCUACCACCGCUGCCUAGCAAUGAUAUCACCUCGCCAAGAAGCAGUGAACGCAGCUCUGGACGGUACCGUAGCCACAGGUCGCAGCCGUCAACAAACACCGCCUUCACUGCCUUCACUGCCUUCACUGCCAACACGGAAAACACGGAAAACACCAACAUGGGGUCAGUAGGUGGCUCUCAGCAGGCAUCCGGAGUGGUCGAGGCUAUAGCGCAGACUAUGGUUGGCGAGUGGAUGUUUAAGUACGUCCGAAGACGCAAGUCUUUUGGCAUUGCCGACACCAACGUACGUAGCGAGGAGAACAGCAAUGAUCGACACAGACGAUGGGUUUGGCUUGCACCGUACGAACGUGCUAUUCUCUGGAGCAGCAAGCAGCCCGUUUCUGGCAACGCCUUGAUGGGGAAGGCAGGCCGGAAAUUGACCAUCCAAUCGGUUUUGGAUGUGAAAGACGACAACCCAGCCCCUAAAGGCUCCGCCCAGAUAUUCAAUCGCUCGAUCCUGAUUCUGACGCCCCAGCGAGCAUUGAAAUUCACAGCCGUAUCGGCUGAACGUCAUUACCUAUGGCUCACGUCAUUGUCGUUCCUUGCGCACUCGCAACAGGCCGUACCCGAGAUCGUUGGAUCCCCUACCCCAGCAUUGAAGCCGAAACCAGGUCCCGACUUGGAGCUGUCGCGGGCCAAACUGAAGAGAGGUGGGAUCCGUGAUUCGAUCCGGCUCACAAAGGGGAGACACCCAGCAAUGACGGUUCAUCCUGACAACACUAUCAAUGCUAGCCAGCUGGACGACGCUCUCACUUUCAACCCAGAAGCGCUCCCCCCAAUACCGAGCCAUCAACGGGAGAUAUCGAUUGACACUGCUCAGCCGCCUUUCAUCCCCCGGUUCCACGAUCGUGGCCAGGACCGAGUACACGAACGCGCCAACCAGGUCGUCCUUCAUGGACGGAAAAGGAGCAACACCGGAGGUCAUAUCCCACCACCUCUGUCAUUCCGAGGGUUCUCGGGGGUUCCGUCAGGCCCCGCUACUUCAUAUCAUGCUUCCACCAACAGCACCGCUGGUGCCAGUGUCGUGACAACCGGAUCUUCCGAUAUCUACAACCAGUCUCAAGCAUCCAGCAAUCCCACUUGGGGCAUGACGUCAAACGGCUCUCAGCGGACGUCGGAAGCCUCCUCGCGGCCACCCGGGAAUUUCUUUGAAGCGAUCGGGACUGUCCGCAUGGAGGCUUUCAUCAGCCCCUUGGCGUUCAACGAUCACCCUGGUGAGCACGAAGAAUGGCGACAUCGAGCACGGCGGCGCAGUAAGGAGGCUCGCCGCCGUCGCAGUCGCAGCCGCCACCGGGAUAGCUACACAUCGCGCGGCACCCGUGGUACCCAAGCCACGGGUUCGUAUGCCGAGAGCAGGACGGGAGAGGAAGAUUACUUUCGUGACGACCCCUUCAAAGGAUUUUAA